GAUAUUGGAAAUCGAAAGUUAAAGCUUUUUUAAAUGUUUAGUACAAGUUUAGUUUUCAUUUAACGUUUUGUGCAAGGGGAUCAAUUAUAUGUUUAUAAAACUUUGCAGUAAAAAUAUCACAUUAUCAAACUAUUUAUACGACGCUUAACGUUGUGUGUGAUAAAUUAGGCGACCGGUGAAUGUAUACGGGGACUAGUUAAUGAUUACAGAAAGAAUUUGUUAAGGACGUAAAAUAUACAGAGAUGGUCCUCGCCGUUGCCAGUAUCGACUUCGGGACCACAUACUCAGGGUGGGCGUAUUCUUUCACUCAUGACAAUAAGAGGGACCCGACGGAUAUCAAAGCUAAAAAUUGGUCUGCAGGAGAAUAUAUGUCAAAUAAAGGUAACACCGACAUUCAUGUUUCGUGAAAUAAACCCAAAAGCCACACUCUAGUGACACCAAUUGAUCACGAAUAUUUAUUUGAAAGAUAUGUUUCCAUGUUUGGAGACAUGCGUAUAAAGAACUCAUACAUUACAAAUAUCUAUUUGUUUUCAAAAAUUAAUUUGUUUAAGUUGUAAGAUUACGUGCGGUAUUCAUGUAAACAAAUGUCAGGCACUUAUGAUUGCACACUGUUUUCGUUUUUUCCUUAACGCUCCGACGUGUGUGCUUAUCCAUCCGGAUGGGAAAACUGUAAAAGCGUUUGGGUAUGAAGCGGAGAACCAGUACGAUCAGCUUACACAGACAGGCGUACAUAAGGCCUGGUACUUCUUCAAGCAUUUUAAGAUGAGACUUUACAACAACACGGAUCUUCGAAAGCAUACAAUGCUUAAUGAUGAUACCGGAAAACCACUGCCAGCCCUGAUUGUGAUCGCUACCGUUAUCAAGUACUUAAAAGACGAUCUGAUGGAGUUUCUUAAUGACAAAGUCGCUGGUGGCAUCAUCAGCAGUGAUGUCAACUGGGUUCUUACUGUUCCUGCGAUUUGGAAUGAGAGAGCAAAGCAGUUCAUGAGAAUGGCUGCACGAGAAGCGGGCAUUGAUCUCGGCCAUCUCAGUUUAGCACUGGAGCCGGAAGCUGCAUCGAUUUUCUGCCGACAUUCCAAUUUGAGGAGAAGUACGAUAUCUGAUAAUGUGGACAUAUCAACCUUCCUGCCUGGUACAAAAUACAUUGUGUGUGAUGCCGGAGGCGGCACUGUUGACAUCACAGUCCAUGAAGUGGUUUCCGACAAAGAGCUAAAGGAGAUCGACAAAGCCAGCGGAGGAGCGUGGGGAGGAACAACGAUCGAUGCAGAGUUUGAAAAACUGAUGGAUACAAUAGCGGGGUGUGCAGUUAUGAAAAGCCUAAAAGAAAAGUUCAUGGAAGACUACAUAGAAUUUAAGAGGUCAUUUGAACUAAAAAAGAGGGACUUUAGGAACACACCGACUGUUAAUUUAAGAAAUAUUUCACGUAUUAAUGACCUUGUAGAAGAAAUGACCGGCCGAUCUCUUCAAGACCAAAUUCAACGUUCCGUUUUUAAAGAUAAAAUUUCGCAAAAUCGCGAUAAAUUGAGCAUCAACGUGGAUGUAAUGGAAUCCCUUUUUGGGGAAACGAUCCAAAGCAUCACGUGUCAUUUAUCGUCUCUUCUUUUAACGCAUAGUAGCAUAGCAUACAUUGUGAUGGUUGGUGGGUUUUCCGAGUCCACAUUAUUGCAAAAACGUGUAAAAGAAGCAUUCCCUGGAAUACAGGUGAUCAUACCGGCGGACGCUGGUUUAGCGGUUUUGAAAGGAGCCGUCAUGUUCGGGCACAACAAGCGAUGCAUUAUUUCGAGAAUUGCCCGAUUUACGUACGGGGUUCAAUGUCAAACUCCAUUUGAUGAGUCAGUUCACCCUACAAAUAGCUUAAGGAUAGGCAGGAAUAACAGGAGAUGGGCAGUACGUUCAUUCUCGAAACAUGUUGAAGUAGGCCAAGAGAUUCCCGUAAAUCAAGCGGCUAGCCAACACCAUUAUUUGACAAGAAGUGCACAGUCUACAAUUAGCAUUUUUGCAUCACACGACAAGAAUCCACUGUUUGUUGACGACCAAGGAAAUUUCCUUAUCGGCGAAUUUGUAGUGGACACUGAAAACGAGGACAGUGGAGUAUAUGUUCCAUAUGCAGUUGAAAUGUACUUCGGGGGCACGGAAAUCCAGGUUAAAGCACUUCUGUCUAAUGGUAAAGAAACAGAAGCAACAUUUAAUCUUCCUGAUUAAACUUAAGAUCGGACUGUAAUACAAUUAUAAUUGACAUUAUAGUGAUUUCAUUCUUUUCCAUGUUUAAAAAAGUGGGGGAUUUAUCAACUAAUACUUUGAUUAUGAUGCCAACAUAUUUGUACAAAUGUGUAAACGCAUUUAUAAAAUAAAGAAAACUUACGCAUAGCCAACUUAAACAUUCUAUACAUUAUUAUCAUUUUUGCACAGUGCUUGUUUGUAUUGAUAGAAUAAUUUGCUCACUGUGCAUAAAUAUAUGAAGCAAGAUCAUUGCAUGCUUUUAUAAAAUGUUCUAUAUAUUUUGAAUAACGGUUGGUGUUAUGUAUGUAGUUUAUAUGUUAUAACUACUUUUGUAACUGUCAAUAUCGUUUGUCAAUUUAGAUACACAUGUGAUUGAUUAAGUUCACAUGUGAUUUGCAAUAGUUGAGAAUACACUUACCUGUAUUCACGACACAUAUACACCAACAUAUGCUAAUAUUUUAGACAUGAUGUAAAAAUAUAUCACUAGUAUUGGUUAUAUCACUGUUGAAUUAAAUCUUAGUUCGUUUUUUUACAUUAAAUAACAACACAACAUUCUUUUUUUUCAAAAAUAUUAAUUAUAAACGUUAUUGAAUUUGUUGCCGAUUAUGAUUGCAAACGAUUAUUAUUUCCUCGUGUUUUCAAAUUGUUCAUGCUAGGGUCGGGCUGGUACAUGUAUAUACACUACCUGUAUUAAAGGUAUGACGCAAUCCUAUAGACAAGUGUUUACAGUUUGUAUAUGUUUUGUCCAAUAGGACAUUGGGUUACUUGUCACAAAUAAAAGAUGUGUUGAUCUA